GUGACCUGAGAGACGUCACGGGCAGUUCAGCGUUGAAAGUCAAAGCAUUACAGUCGGCGUCAUGGCGGCAUUAGCGAGAUGUAGAACGCUAAUCCAGCUUCUCCAUCCGCAAAAUAGCAUUAUAGACGGCGGGUGCAGAUCGCAAGAUGUUUUGCAUUCAGUGAUGUACAAGAGGGCGCAGUGUGCGCGUCACGCUUUCUUUGGAGAGAAGCGACUGUACAGCUCCGACGUUAAGUCCGGUGAUGACCUGAUCGUUAAAUACUUGGACGGUGACGACUCAGGGAUUGUUGUUUUUGGGAUCAAUCGCUCUAAAGCUAAAAAUGCCAUCAGCAAAAAUCUUGUCAAACUGAUGUCUGAAGCUAUUCAGUCUGUAAAGAAGAACAAUAAAGUGCGUACUGUCAUCUUAUGCAGUAUGGUUCCUGGAAUAUUCUGUGCAGGUGCGGAUUUAAAAGAAAGAGCAAAGAUGCACCAGAGUGAAGUAGGACCAUUUGUUGCUAAAGCAAGAACACUUAUAAUGGAGCUUGGGAACCUGCCCAUGCCAACAAUUGCAGCCAUUGAUGGGGCAGCUCUUGGAGGGGGUCUUGAAAUGGCGCUUGCCUGUGAUAUAAGAGUUGCAGCCACCUCUGCUAAGAUGGGACUGGUUGAGACUAAAUUAGCCAUCAUUCCUGGUGCAGGGGGAACUCAGCGUCUGCCACGAACUGUUGGAGUCUCUGUAGCUAAAGAACUGAUAUUCGCAGCACGAGUGCUUGAUGGUGUGGAGGCUAGGAGACUUGGUCUAGUGAAUCAUGCUGUAGAGCAGAAUGAGAGCGGAGAUGGUGCUUACCUACAAGCUCUGGAUCUGGCCCGGGAAUUUAACUCUCAGGGACCAAUUGCAAUCAGAAUGGCAAAGCUGGCAAUCAAUCAGGGUAUAGAGGUGGAUUUAGUGACAGGAUUAGCUAUUGAAGAGGCAUGUUAUGCUCAGGUGAUUCCAACAAAAGACAGACUGGAAGGUUUGGCGGCAUUCAAAGAGAAGCGUCUUCCGCGUUACAAGGGCGAGUAACAUUGGACUAUCAAAUGCAAUUACAAACUGCUGCUUUCCAGAUUGCCUUUUACUGUCAUUCACUGUUGUAAAGAAUGUUACAUACCAAUUGAUGGACUGUUGCCAGGCCUGAUGAUUGAAAAAUCUGUUGGGAUUUCAGCUAAAAUGUAUGAAUAGCAGGCUUUAAAGAUAAAUGCUGUUCUUUUGUCUGUAGAUAAUUGUCUGUGUGGUAUGUACUUUUUCUUUUUGGGGGGGGGGGAUUUUCCUGUGAGUGUCAGCUUUUUACUUUUCUGUUCUAUAUGUCUGUACAUUCACUGAUUUGCCAUAAAAUGUAAUCUGAUCCUCAUCUAAGUCACAACAAUAGACAAACACAAUGUGUAAAAGCUGACACACAAAAUA